CGAGAAGUCACGAAACAAGGCAAUGAAGGUUGUAGCUCGUGUCUUGGGCCUCUUAGUAAUCUCUCGGUUACUACGAAAACACAAUGAUUCCCAUUCAAUUGCCACCAAAAAUAAAUCAAGGGCCUUGACAAUUGCAGUUGGUCUCUCUGGGGUGGAGUCUGCAUCACUUAAAGGGAAGGAAAAUAAUGAGUUAGAAGUGAUCGGAGACGAAAUCGACACCGUCAAACUCACCAAGUUGCUGAGGAAGAACAUUGGGUUUGCCGAGAUUAUGAAC